AUGACCAGCCCCUCCAGGAGUAUCGACCACGUCUAUGAGAGCCCGGCUCACAAGCCAGAGACGCCCAGGUACCGAAGCUGGAGCAGCUUCCGCUUUUCACGAUGGAGAAGUGGCUCCCAGAGGACCACCCCCCCUGGCACCCCUUCCCCAAAGGCAGACAAGAAGGGCGAUACUACACGGCUGACCCCGAUGGCCUGCAGGACACCAACGAGGAGGGGGACGGAGGCAGCGAGGUCCCCUCGCAGGGAGUCCAACUACUUCCAGAAGCAGUUUGGCUCCUUGCUGCAGCCCGGGGUCAACAAGUUCUCCCUGCGCAUGUUUGGCAGCCAUAAGGGGGUUGCUGCAGAGCAGGCCAGGGUCCAGAGCUUUGGCGUGUGGAUCAUCCACCCCUACAGUAACUUCAGGUUCACCUGGGACAUCGUGAUGCUCCUGCUGAUGAUGAGUAAUCUGGUGAUUCUACCGUGGGGAAUCACCUUCUUUGAGGACCAGAACACCCCCCCCUGGAUCACCUUUAACGUCCUGUCUGACACUCUCUUCCUCAUGGACUUGGUUUUCAACUUCCGCACCGGCAUCCUGGAAGGGGACAGCCACGUCAUCCUGGACCCCAAAGAGAUCCGCAGGCACUACCUCCGCACGUGGUUCAUGGUGGACUUCAUCUCCUCCAUCCCCGUCGACUACAUCUUCCUCAUCGUUGACCUGGAGUCCCGGCACGACUCGUCUGACGUGUACCGCACUGCCCGCGCACUACGGAUCGUGCGCUUCACCAAGAUCCUGAGUCUGCUGCGUCUUCUGCGACUGUCUCGCCUCAUCCGGUACAUUCACCAGUGGGAAGAGCUUUUCCAUAUGACCUAUGACCUGGCCAGUGCAGUGGUGCGCAUAGUGAACUUGAUUGGCAUGAUGCUGCUGUUGUGUCACUGGGAUGGAUGCUUGACCUUCAUGGUGCCGAUGCUGCAGGACUUUCCUCCAGACUGCUGGGUAGCCAAGAACAAUAUGGUGAAUGCUACAUGGCACACACAGUACUCCUACUCCCUGUUUAUGGCCAUGAGUCACAUGCUGUGUAUAGGAUACGGCGCCCACCCUCCGGAGGGCCUGAGUGACGUGUGGCUCACCAUGGUCAGCAUGGUUGUGGGGGCCACCUGCUACGCCCUGUUCCUCGGCCACGCCACGACCCUGGUUCAGUCUUUGGAUGCGUCACAUCGUCAGUACCAAGAGAAGUAUAAACAAGUGGAGCAGUACAUGUCGUUCCAUAAACUGCCAGCGGACGUGAGGCAGAGGAUCCAUGAUUAUUACGAGCAGCGAUUCCAGGGCAAGAUGUUCGACGAGGACAGCAUCCUCGGAGAGCUCAGUGAUCCGCUCAAGGAGGAGAUAGUCAGCUAUAACUGCCGUGGGCUGGUGGCCAACAUGCCGCUGUUUGCCAACACUGACCCUCAUUUUGUGACAGUGAUCUUGACCAAGCUGCGUUUUGAGGUCUUCCAACCUGCAGACUUGAUUAUACGAGAAGGGACCCUGGGACGGAAAAUGUACUUCAUCCAGCACGGCGCCGUCACUGUCCUCCCGCGUGGCAGUAAGGAGAUUAUGCUCAGCGAUGGAGCGUACUUUGGGGAGAUCUGUCUUCUCACCCAGGGCCGACGCACAGCCAGCGUGAGGGCCGACACAUACUGCCGUCUUUACUCCCUGAGCGUGGAGAGUUUCAACGAGGUGCUGGAGGAACAUCCUCUAAUGAGGAGGGCCUUCGAGAGCGUAGCUGUCGACCGACUGGGCCGAGUGUCCCGCAGACCCAGUUACCAGCCUCCCCCAGCAGAAUGACCUCCUCUGCACCAGCACAGAGACACUGGUGUAGGAUAUUUAACACCUUGACUGAACUGAAUGCUGUUGGACCAGAUGAUGGAGACCCUCAAUUUUAUUUGUUAACACAUUGCUGCACCUGGUUGGAAAUAUUGAACCUACCAUCUUUUAAUUUAAUGUUGUUGCUUGAAUCUCAGUAUUCUAUUACAUGAUCGGUUUGUGUUCGAUUUUUCAACACUUCUCAGGUUAGAUCCACUGUAUAAUUAAAAAAGGAAAAGUAUUAACUUGAAUGAGAAAGUAAUCUCUUCUAUUCUUGGUGAUACGUGUUCUCUUUACCACAUGUAAAUAGGAAUAAUUCCCCCGGCCUGUAUGCUUGGAGACUGCAGUUUCAUUAUCGCUCACACAUCCAGGAUAUUAGAAGCACACAGCAGCAGCAGCUGGGAGAUACGUGUUGCAGCUUUAUACAGCUCUGAUUCAAAUGAUCCCUCAGGUCUGCAGGUUGCAACAAAUGAGGGUUUAAUACCAUUGUUCCCUGGGGAUAAGCUGCUGUGAUGUAACAACUGUACAGAGACAGGCUGUACGCAGCCAUACGUCCUUGUUUGAUUCACCACAUGUCAUAUUUGUUUAUUUUAUCAUAGUGAACUCUACCUCUGUUUCCCUACAGUUUAUUUCCCAGUAUAAGUGUUUUUGUUUCAACACAUGAAUAUUAGAGUCACUCACUUUCCUUGCACUUUCAUCUGUUUUAAUGUCUGCAAACAAAUGUAAAAAUCUUUUUUUUUUAUUAUUUUCAUUUCAGAAGUAAACCUUAAGUUGGU